AGUAUAUAUCCUUAAAACUCGUCUGCUCAAUCUCAUUUAUAGUAUUCGUUGAUCUUACAGCUCUUUUUUUCCCUUCAUCUUUAUUCAUCUUGUUUCAUUUUAUCGCUUGCUUGCAAAGUCGCCGGUCCUUUCAUUUGGACUAUUUUUGAAAUCAACUUUAUAAGUUGGAAUUGUUUUCUGGAAUUUUUUGCAAAUUAGAAAGAAACUACAGUUACCAUCAUGAAAUUAAACUAAAGAAAGCAGUUUUAGGAAAUGUUGAUUUUGUAAGCAGCAUGGUUAGAAUAUCUUGAAGAACAAGAAAAAAGAUAUUACAAUGAUUUAUCAUAGGCUAAACGCCUAUCCCGUAUUUAUUUCUUCAUUAAUUGUUUUUCUGCUGGACAGAGGGAUAAGCAAAGCUGAGAAAACAACACAGUCUAUACCAGUACAAUCUUCAAGUCCAUGGUUUCCAUCAGGACCCCCUCCCAUGAAAAGUUCAGAAGAAAAUACAGAAGCUGUGAAAAAAAUAUUACCUCGAGUAACUUUUGACUGUCGAAGAAAAAUGGGUUAUUUCUCAGACUCUAAAUUCGACUGUGAGGUGUUCCAUUACUGCCAACCGGAUGGUACACGCAACACUUUCCAUUGCCCCACCGAUUCAAUAUUCAAUCAACUGUCUAUGGUGUGCGAAGACAAAUCAGUUUUGAACACACGGAUUUGUAAAGAGGGCACAAUAGGUACGAAAAAAGAACUGAAAACAUCAAAGAAAACUUCUGGACCCGCAGGGAAAACUUCCCCGAAAAAGAAAUACUCCGGAGAUUUGAGCAACCAUAGAUCUCACAAGUCCUUGGCACAUCUUACACCAACGAAGCCAGUUUCAAGAUUCGCUUUACCUCUAGAAGAUCUGUUAAGUUACAUGAAUAUCGACCAGCAAGCUCAAGCUUCAUUUGUAACGCCAACAAUCGCCAAAUUAAGUGAUAAACCUAGCUCAUCUGUUGCGUUAAUUACCAGAGGGACGACGUCUGAUCCUUAUUCAAGUUUCGGCUCAAGAAAAAUAAGUAAGCCAAUGGUGACUACAACGGUAUCACUAGGCAGCAGUUAUCAGACUGAUUGGACGCCAAACAAAGAUAAAAUUUUAACUACAAGAGCGACACCAGAUGUUUCGGAUGAUACUUCCGUUGAAUACGAUGCUAUCGAAGGAAGAAAACCCCGAAAACAUAAAAGAGUGGGUAAAGUUAUAGAUUUCAGUGAACCUCCACGAGUAAAUACAAAGCGACAAAAGCACUCACAUGUGUCAGCCCGCUCUCCAACCGAUAGUCCACCAGAAGACGAUAUUUUAGAGACCACCUUCCCACCAACGACUACCACUACAGCGUCUCCUUCAAAUGGUUCUCUACG